GCCUGAAUCCGGCAGAAAACAGUUACCAGAGCCAGAAAAGAAAAGAAAGUAGGUGCGGUUUGGGGAGGCGGAGGCGUUGCAAGUUUGAAAGCUAAAAUUUGUAUGGAGACGGAAAACGAAAUAAGAAACGCACGCUUUUAAGUCUUAGCCCGUUUCCUCCCCAGCCGAUAACAGAACUUUCUCCCCUCCGGGAUCUGGCUGGGGAGGGACUGGGCGCGAGGCGUCCCUGUCACGCUGGGUGGCGGAGUUGCUCCCAGCGCGGCUUCCCAGGAAUUUACUGACUGACAAUGGCAGAAAGAGUCUUAGGGAAGUUGGAUAUUCUUGAUGAGCAAGCAAAGACCCUCUUGGCCACAAGAGCAAAGAAAAAUUGCCUUCAGAGUCAAGUAAAGAGAAAGAUUUCAGUGAUACCCCUGACGUUUGAUUUCCAGUUGGAACUUGAAAAGGAUAUUGCUACCUCCAUAUCUAAGACAAACUCAAAGAUCACAAAAGACAGAUCAUAUGGCACUAAAAAACCAAAAAGAUAUGUCUCCUUCAAAAAUAUGCCUGAACCUAAAAAAAGUGAUUUUCAAAACUCAAAUUUAAGACCACCCUUUUUGCCAACAAAUAUAAAAACUCAGGAAAUCAAGUCAAUAGAGCCAGUAGAAGACUAUCUAAAAUCAAGAUCUAUUAGAUCUUUUCAUUAUCUUAAAGAUAUACCUGAGACAGAAUAUGCUAAGCCCUUCCAGGAAUUAUAUUCACAGCAUAGACACCAAUGUAGAAGAACAUUGUGUUCUACAGUCUUUUCUUCUGGACCCAGCAAUCAGUCUAAUGCAUACAAGAAAGAAGAAGACUCUAUUUACAGUACAAAAGAAAAUGAAUCCAUCAGAAAUGAUCAACUAAAUGAGUAUUCAGUAAGACAGAAAAGCCUGCUCCCAUUGUGCUUUGAGGAUGAACUGAUAAAGCCAGAUGCCAAGAUAAUCGACAUUGGUCUGGUAAAGACAAUAACUUCUCACACGGGGAAAAAUGAUACAAAUCCCAUAAUGUUCCAUGAGGCUGGAUAUGUACAAAUGUUACUUUUGACAAAAAAUAGGCUUCCUCCCCAUUUUAUGAAAAAUGGAAAUGGCAGCCCAUAUGAAAGAUCAAAUGUUGUUUUAGAAAGAAAUUGUGAAAUGCUUAAAUCUGUAGCUAGAGAUCAAUCUAUUACUCCUUCCAAAACCCAAAGAACUCUGCCUACAACACAGAAGAAAGAUAUACCAGCAAUAUCUUUUGAAGUCAGCGAUAGGGUUGUAGAUGAUAAACCAAGGAAGAAAACUAGGAAGCAGACAUUCGAAAACAUAUCUUGGGAUAAACUCUAUAAUUUUUCACAGACAUUUUCUAGCUUAACAAAAAAAUUUGUGGGUUUCCUUGAUAAAACUGUUAUUCAAGAAAUAAGUGCUAAAACUGGAAAAUAUGAAAAAAUGUUUUCUACAGUAAAACCAAUGAGUGAAUUCAGUGCCUCACCUUUCAAAUAUUACUCAAAGCCUUCAAGAAAUAUACUCAAAGUCCAUAAAAUAAAUAAUGUAACACCAUUGGAUGAUUUGUUAAACUUGUCAAGUAAAAAAUAAGCACCUCAUAAAAUAUUGUUUUUGGGGGGUAACAAGAAGCAAAUAACAAAGUUAGAAGAUCAUAGAAGAAAUUCUUGUCUAAAUGGUAGUAUUCUAGUGGAUGGUAGAAGAGAACAAAGCAUAGAAGUUGAAAUUACAAACCAACAUUAAUAUAAUAUUUUUAGUAAAUAAGAGGAUAAAAUUAGGAAAUAAUGAUCACCAAGAGGAACUAGUUCAGAAAUUUCUCUUAUCUCAAUUAGAUUCCUCAGUCAUCAGCAUUCCUACAGUUAAGUAUGAUUCAGGACCAAGAAUGGUAUAGACUGACUCUGGAUAUUUGCUAUUGGAAGCCAAAUAACAUCAAAAACUUUGUUCCAUAACUGGAUAUCAAAUAAAACAAUAUACCAUUAACUUGAUAGAUGUGGAAUUAAUUGUAUAAAAGCAUUUUAUAUAAUUGAUGGAAACAAUUACAAUAUUAUAUUAGCAAUUCAUGAAAUUAAAAGGCUUUUCAAAAUUUCAAAUAUCUUUUUGUUAGUAAAUGUUGAAACUUCUUUACUAUAUAUAAUGCCUUUAUCAAGUGUGACUUUGACUUUUUUCUGAAUUGUUAAACAAUUAAAAAGCACAACUGAUCCUUAGUAAGUAAAUAAUUUUGGUAGUAAAUCCUAUGAAAAAUCUAAAAUUUUAAAUCAGUUGCUAUUCUAUUUAUUCAUUAACUUCUCAUUAACUCAAACAGUAAAAAAGCAGAACUCAGAAACAAGUCGCAUUUCAGGAGUUCAUUGGUAAUCUACUUGUUAAAGGACUUUUCUUUUUUAAAGUCCUAACUGUUAGCACUUGAGAAGUAGGUUAAUUAGAAGCAUUUCAGUUAAAGGAAGGUUUUGGAGGUCUUUCGGAAACUUUCCGGAGA